AUGACGCAGCCGGCGCAAGAAGGGGCCUACGGUCCCCAGGGGCCCGCAAUAGACCAAUCCAGCCUGCUGUUCACGAGGCUGAGCGGCGCGGGCGCGACGGCCAGCGCCAGCGUUUUUGUCGACCGCGGACCGGCGGACAAGUUCGGGGCGCUCUCGAAGUCGCACCAGGAGCCCGCCCCGUUGCCCAGCGGCCUCGCAACCACGAGGAAACAACCGGACGGCGCCGACCUCCUCUCGCGCCUGUGCGGCGGCAUCACCUUCCUACCGCUCACCGCGGACCAGUACGUGGCGUGCCUCUUCACGCUCCACACCAUCGCAAGCGCCGCCUACGUCCUCUGCAUAUUCGUCCCGGCCUGGCGCGACGCCGCCGUCUGCGCCAACGUCCCGGGCGGCUCGGACCCACUCACCCACCUUGGGUGCCAUCCUAGCUCCGCCACCUGCUUCCUCGACGUGAGCGUUGCGGACGCGUCCUACGCCGCGUUCCGACGCCGCGAGUGCUACGACACCGCGGCGGACGCCGCGCGUGCGGUCGCGCGCUCCCCCGCGACGAUUGCGGCGCUCGCCCUCCUCGCGGCGUCCGCCGUGUGCCUCGCGGCAUGCGCGGCGCAGCGCGGGCGCACGUGGCUCCGCACGCGCAUCGGCGAGGUCGGCGCCUGCCUGGUCACGCUCUGGAGCGUCCCGCCGCUCAUCGAGGGCGCGUGCGGCGCGUGGGUCAACGUGAAGCUCGGCGUGCCUGCCGCGCACGGCGCGGUGCUCGCGCUGGCCGCCGCGGCCUUCCUGGCGCCGUCGGGGGUCCCGUACUGCGUGCGGUGGCUCCCGGUGGCCGUCGCGAGCGCCGCGAUGGGCGCCGUCGCGUCCGUGCAGGCGUGGGAGCUGCGACGCGAGGCCAGCGUCGACGGCGACGGUUCGGCGGGGCCCGUGGUCGCGGCGGUCGCGGCGGUGGCGUGUCCCGUCGCGGCGUACAUCGGGGCGUCGUGGACGAUGUUUCCGGGCGUGCCGGUGACGCCCGGCAGCCGCGGGGGGUGGUUUGAGGCGUGCGAGGAGGCGCCGUGGACAGCCGCGCCGCGCCACGCCAGGACGUCGGCGUUCGAGAGCGUGCCACGGACGACCUUGCUGGCCGUGCUGAGCGCAGUCGUCCCCGCCGUUGCCGCGGUCGUCGGAAGCGUGGUGAUGACAUACGGGCGCCUGUCCCUGGACCUGCCCCCCGCGCUGCUGGUGUGCGGCACGCUGCUCGUCACGGGCGGCGCGGCGCGGCUCCUGCACCUCAUGGCGCUCGUGCAGCACAACAUCAUCCUCGACUUCGUCCCGCGCCAGGCCGCGUCGGCGCUCCUCGCCUCGGCGAUCCGCGACACGAGCCUGGCUGUGCGCCGGAGCAGCGUGCAGGCGACGCGCGCGGAGCAAGCGACCGCAAAGCGCCGGCGCGGGUCGGCGCAGCAGCCCCGGCGCAACGCGGCGUACAACCCUCGGCAGAGCAUGGAGCGCAUCAUGCAGCACAGCCGGCGGGCGUCGCGGAUGUCGUUCGACAUUCCGCGCUUCGUGUCGCACAUGCAGACGGGCACCGAGCACGUAGCGUUCCACCGGCGCACGGUGCUGAAGAUCAGCGAGCAGGGCGGCGGCGACCCUUCAUGGAUGGAGCACAAUGCCGCGUCGUACACCGGCAACUUGCCGGACGGCGACCUGCUGGGCACAGCGCGCAGCUUCGACCGCGGGCUGCUCGGAGAGUUCCAGAAGUCGAAAGGUCACGGCGCGGUCCACGACGGAGUCCGCUUCACGGACAUGCACCGCCACCCGCGAAACGUCCCCAUGGCGACCCCCUGGCAGCUCGCCUCGUUUCGUAACAACGCGGACAGCAGCGGCCAGGACACGCCGCACCGCACGUCGCGGAUCCACGUGCGCGACGACGUGCCCUCGGGGCCCUCGACGAUGCACAGCUCCGCGCGCCGCGGCAGGCGCCGCGACCCCACGCGUUUGCGGGGGGCUAGCUUGUCUGGCUUGCGCGAGCCGGAGCGGCUCGCCGGGGACGACAACUCGCACGCGGACGGCCUCGACAGCGACGCCGGCCGCGCGUCGGGACACCCGCGGUCGUGCACAUCGGCGUCCGGCGUGUGCGCGUCGCUGGAGGAAGACAGCCCGACGACGGAGCUCUCGCAGGCGCCCGUGGCGUUCACGAGCUCGCUGCCGCGGGAGCUGAAGCGCGUGGUCGAGGAGGAGAGCGAGCGCCCGAAGACGUGCAGCGUACAGGGCACCGGGGGGGGGAUGUCGCUGACGACGGACAUCCACAAGCAGUGGACCCGCACGGUCGACGAGCUGGUGCGGCGGCACGUGGACGCGCAGGCGCACCAGAGCGACGUGGCCGCGACGUCGCAGGUGGUCUACAAGAAGGACCACGAGCGCGUGUCGGUCCUCUUCUGCGACAUCGUGGGAUACACCGCGAUGAGCAGCGCGCUCCCGGGCGCCGAGGUGCUCGAGGUCCUCAACUCGUUCUACAGCAUGCUCGACACGCUCACCGACGACCUCGGCGUGUACAAGGUCGAGACCAUCGGCGACGCGUACAUCGUCGCGUGCAACCUCGUCGACGAGGAUCCGUACCACGAGCUGUCGGCGGUGCUUAUGGGCGAGACCAUGCUGCGGAUCGCCGAGUCCGUCCCGUGCGGUCCGGACCACCGCCCCCUCCAGAUCCGCGUCGGCGUGCACACCGGCCCGCUCACGACCGGCGUCGUCGGCCGCAAGCGCAAGCUCCUGAGCCUUGUCGGCGACACCAUGAACGUCGCGGCGCGGAUGGAGCAGAACGGGCGGCCCGGGUGCGUGCGGUGCACGACGGACACGUGGAACGGGCUGCCCGAGGCGCUGCAGCGCUUGUUCGAGGAGGAGGUGAUCGACGUCAAGGGCAAGGGCGACAUGCGCACGUUCCUGUUCGACCCACGCCUGGUGGUGGCGCGCGGGUCCGAGACAGGGAGCCUCGCGAGUGCGCUCCAGCGAACGUCGUCGAACGGCGGCGAUCCGUUCUCGCAUGCGGCGUAG